GCAAAAAUAUUUCAACUACGUACAAUGUUCAUUGUUCAUUGCUAAUUCCUCCAUUUUUUUUCCCACUGUAAGCUUUUGUCUUCCAUUUCUUCUCUUCAAGUUCUUUCAAUCUUUGAAAAUAAACCACAGAUUCCACAGUUUUCUUCAUUGCCAUGGAUGCAGUGCUGUGGACCGCAAUCGUAAGGUUCCGUACUCUCUCACACUUCCACUCUCUCUUCGUUUCUUCUUGCUUUAUUUGUUCAGAUGCAGAAACUACGUACGAUUCCGUCAGAGGAACAGACGAAAUCAUGAUUCGGUGAUAUAAGAAACAUGCCAAGCGAGCUAUGGUUUGCACUGCCGACGAUUUACAAGAAUGGAAAGACUUCCCUAAGGGUCUGAGGGUUCUUCUCCUUGAUAGGGACAGUCGCUCUGCUACCGAGAUAAGAUCAAAACUUGAGGAAAUGGAGUAUGUUGUUUUUUCCUGCUGUGAUGAGAAGGAAGCUUUGUCGGCAAUUUUGAACACACCGGGAAACUUCCAUGUUGCAAUUCUGGAGGUGUGUGCAAGAAAUUACGAUGAAAGUUUUAAGUUACUUGGAACUUCCAAGGACUUGCCAAUAAUAAUGACUUCAGAUGUUCAUUGCCUAAGUACUAUGAUGAAGUGCAUUGCACUUGGUGCAGUUGAGUUCUUGCUGAAACCACUCUCUGAAGACAAACUCAGGAAUAUCUGGCAGCAUGUCAUUCACAAGGCAUUUUCCAAUACUUCAAAGCCUGAUGAAGACUCUGUAGCAUCCUUGAUGCAACUCCAAUUAGAGAAUGAAAACAAGAAUGGAGUUUCGGAAGAUAUGGAAGUUCUUUCUUGGAUUCAGGAUAUUGUGUGGGAGGAACCAGAAGGAAGUGAUAAGUCUCAACUGAUCAUGGAAGCAUCUAGGCAAGGUAGCUGGGAAAGCGGAGAUCAAAUGAACUGUUCAAUAGAAACAGAUUGCAGGGACAAAGAUGUUCAGUCUAAAUUCGUCGAAACUACUUCACAUGAUUUGGUUUGUGAAGACCCCAUUCAGGAGGGCCAACCUCAAUUAUCUGACAAGAAUAAAUCUGGUGUCAAAAGUGAUCCUUUAGCUGCUGAAAACUCAAUCCAAGGAUCUGAUGUGAACCAUUCUGCUGGACCCAAAGCGAGGAAAACUAAGGUGGACUGGAAUCCACAGCUACAUAGAAAAUUUGUUCAGGCAGUUGAACAGUUAGGCAUAGAUCAUGCAAUUCCUUCCAAAGUACUUGAGCUUAUGAAAGUUGAAGGUUUGACAAGGCAUAAUGUUGCAAGUCAUCUCCAGAAGUACAGGAUGCAAAAGAAACAUGUAAUGCAGAGAGAAGAAAAUCCAAGGUGGUCACAUUAUCCAAGAUGUACAAUACAAACCAAUCACUUGAAACCUAUAAUGGCUUACCCUUCUUCCUAUCAACCAAACUGUGGAAUAUCAGUGUCUGCUGUUUGUCCAACAUGGAGACAGACCAAUGGCCAUCCACCUAUUGUCCACACGUGGGGCCCACCUGGUUAUAGCCAUUGGCCGCAACGAGGAAUUCAGCCAUGGAAUUCUUAUGCAGGGGUGCGAGCUGAUGCAUGGGGUUGCCCUGUGAUGCUGCCUUCUCACACUCCAUAUUUUUCAUUUCCUCAGCAUGCAUCAGCAUCACACGAUAUGCAUACAGUAAAUAAGAGCUAUGGCAUGCCUCAGAGUUUAUGUGAUCUUCAACCAGAUGAAGAGGUGGUUGACAAGAUUGUGAAAGAGGCAAUGAGGAAGCCAUGGUCACCGCUUCCAUUAGGGCUCAAACCUCCUUCUACAGAAAGUGUUCUCACAGAGCUUUCUAGGCAAGGAAUCUCCACCGUCCCUCCUCAAAUCAACGGCUGCAGACCUCCCUGAUCCCACCCUCUUAUCUAUUUGGUGAUUGAUUUUAACCAGGUUUGUUAAACAAUAAUACUUAUUUUGGAAGGGAAUAAGAAUAAUAUAUUUUAUAAAUUAUUAUUUUAAAAUGCAUUUUUGGUCUCUAAAGCUCUGUAUUGAUGUAUAUUUGGUCCGGCUUAAUUUCAAAUAUAACUCUAAAUGGUGAGUGACUUAAACUUGCUGUUAAUUGAUUGACAGAAAAUUGAUGUAUAAAUGAGUCACAUUUUUACUACUUUUUAACUUUUUUAAAAACCAUUUUAUGGAAGUAUCAAUUUCUCUUUCAAUGACUAGAUUUGCAAGUUUCAGUGUUUCACCGUACGGCACAAUAAAAUUAUAAGAUUAUUUAGGGA